AUGCAUCUUGCUAACUUCAUUGAGCUCUGCCAGACAUUUAAAAUGAAUGGAGUUAGCAAUGAUGCCAUCCGAUUAAGGUUAUUUCCAUUUUCUUUGAAGGAUCGAGCUAAGAGUUGGUUGGUAUCUUUGCCACCCAAUUCGAUCACUACCUGGAAUGACCUUGCCCAGAAGUUUCUCUCCAAGCUUUUCUUUCCUGCAAAGGCAGCUAAGUUGAGAGAAGAGAUCAAUAAUUUCUACCAGUUUGAGGAAAGGGAAAUCACUAAGAAGGUGGAUGGAGUGCAUGAAUUAGAUGCCAUCUCGAUGUUGUCAGCUCAAGUGGCAACAUUGACAAAACAGUAUUCAAGCUCCAGUUAUGCAGAUGCAAGUCAUAUGUGA